CUCAACUUCUAUCAUCUUCUGUCAUUGUCUGCAUGGAAGAAGCCUUUUUCGACACCUGGCAUCGAGAUUCCCGGCAAGGUAGGUACAUUUUACCCCAAUCUGUGCAUGUCUUGCGGAGCCGAUCGUUGUAUGUUUUGGCGGCUUUGGCCAUUCUGGCGGUGGACUCACGGACUCUCAUCAUAUCCUGGGGCCAUCACGCAAUUCAUGGAGAGGACAAUGCACCUUGAUGAUUGCGUUGUUGUUAGAGUCAUAGGUGAGGGAAGGUAGGUAUAUAGUCUCAUUUCCACUAGCUGUAGGUUAUCUGUUUCCUCACUCUAGCUUUUGCUUCGUAUAUGUUUUUUUUUCUGUCCUUGUAUCUUGAGCGCGACAAUGGCACCAUAUCUUCAAGAGCAGACAGCUUCGGCGAGUCCCGAGACAACGGAGAUCAAGUCAUCACUCAAGACUCCAAUCACAAAUGCCCUCAACUACGAGCCCGGUCGAACGGUAGCAGAAACCCACGAAAACUACCCCUACGAACACCUCCUCCCAAGCUUUCCAGACGUAAAAUGGGAACCCCUACAAGAAAUCCCCUACCACGACAAAGGCAUUCUCGGCUCCCCCACCUUCCACAACCUCCUCUCCUCCGCCACAUCAAUCCGCGACUACAAUCCCAGAAUCGGCACUGAAGUCUCCGGUAUCGACUUGGCAAACCUGACAGAUGCACAAAAAAACGACAUCGCCCGCUUGAUAGCUACAAGAGGCGUGGUGUUCUUUAGAAACCAAAAGAACUUUGACAUUCAGAAACAGAGGGAGUUGGGAAAGUACUUUGGACAAUUGCAUAGGCAUGCUACUACUUCUGUGCCCAAGCAGGAAGGGUUGGAGGAUGUACAUGUCGUUUUCGCAGAAGGGGCAAGGGGAGCGAGAAACGCCAUCUUUUCGCCAAGUUUCUUGUGGCAUAGUGAUGUCACCUACGAGAUCCAACCCCCUUCCUACACAAGUCUAAAACUGCUUUCUGGACCUCCUCAAGGUGGCGGUGGUAACACUCUCUGGUCCUCUCAAUACGCCGCCUAUGACGCCCUGUCUCCAGCCAUGCAAACAUACCUCUCCUCCCUCUCAGCCCUACACUCAGCGGACAUGCAAGCCGCCGACUCCAUCCGUGGAAAUCGUCCCGUUCGCCGCAGCCCUGUCACCACCAUCCACCCCUUAAUACGCGUCAACCCUGUCACAGGCUGGAAAUCUCUCUUCUUCAACCCAGGCUUCGUCACCAAAAUCAUCGGUGUGCCGAAAUUGGAAAGUGACUUUUUGAUCAACUACCUGAACGAAGUCAUCGCUACCACAAACGAGAUACACGUUUCGUUUGAGUGGGCCAAGGAUGAUGUAGCAUUCUGGGACAACAGAAUUUGUAAUCACUCGGCGACUUAUGGCUUUGCCCCUCACAGAAGACAUGCCGUCAGAGUGGCCACACAAGCCGAAAAGCCCUAUUACUCUGCGGAUGGAAAGUCGCAAGAGGAAGAGUUGGAUGCAAAGUAUGGGUUACCCGCUGGAAACAAGGAUUGCAGUGGUGUAGGCAACUACAAUGAUUGA